CUGUCCUCCAUCUUUGGUCUCAGGUUUACGUUUCCACGUCAGGGGAGGAGUUUACCAGAGAUGGCGGAGGAUACACGGGCGCCAAGCCCGGCGCCGUCUAUCCCGGCUCCUUCUUCAUGCAAGACCCCUGGUCCUCCUCCUCCAGCUACUCCCCCAUGCUGGGGAACAUCGGACAGCCCGGCUCCUUCCCCGCCAUCAGCCCCCAGGACAGAAUGAACUACCCUCUGCAUAGCACCGAAGUCAACGGCUUCCACACAGCCCCCACCACCUACAACCACACACCCACCCUCAACGGAGAGAGCAUUAUGGCGGCCGGCCGAGGCACCACAGCCAGCAGCUCGGGGGACGAGAUCGGGAAGGCGCUGGCCUCGAUUUACCCGUCUGACCACAACAGUAACAACUUCCCGUCUGCUCCUUCUACUCCUGGAUCUCCUCAGGCCAUCGCAGGAGCUCCAUCUCAGUGGCAAAGACCGACCAGCCCCCCCUUUGAAGGCCAACCCCACGCACUG